AUGAGCGACAAGCCGUUGGCACUGACUGCCGGUGGAGGAGCCACCCAAUUGCACGAUGAGCAGGUGAGAAUUAGAGAAAAAGGCUUUUUAGACUUGGAUUGAAGUAUCUUGGGUCCAAGUUUGAGACCGAUCGGAUCAUCUGGACCCGAAAUAUGUGGAUCGGAGGCCGAAACGGCUGGUCUUCUCGGGACCAGAUGAUCGGAUCGAUCUGAAACUUAGACCCAACUAAGUCCAAGAAGCCUGCAAAGUUUGGUCCCGAUCGGAUCAUUGCAAGUGGGUCAUUUUCCAUUUUUUGCAGGUACUCGUCGACGCCCUUCCAUAUCUGGACACUGAUUACAACGAGUCGGACCGUCAAAUGGCCAUGAAAUUGGUGGAGCACGAGUGCAAAGUGAGCUAUUUGCAUACAUGGCACUCAAAAUGGGGAAACAAUUUGCAGACAUUCCGACCGACGAAAAACUACCUGACGCAUCUUCCGGUGCCGGAUUACGACGCGUUCCUGACGCCGUGCAUGCUCAAAGAGAUGGAAAGAAUGAAGAAGAAGGAGGAGAUGCCGAAACUGGACAUGAGCCGCUGCGAACUGCCGCCGCCGUCCGCUGUAAAGGGAGUCGACCGCAAGCUGUGGGCAAAGGUCGGAUAGGCUUGGGCGAAACAGGCGAAAAAAUGCACAUUUUCCAGGUGCUCCGCAACGCGAAGGCGCAAAACGAGCACUUGCUGAUGCGGCAAAUCAAUCUGGAGCUGAUGGACGAGUACGCGGCGGAGAGCUACCUGCAACGCAACAAAACGAUGGACUCGCUGCUGAGUUUGGCCGAGAAAGAGCUGAAAAAGACGAGAGAGGCGGUGAUGGAGGUGCACGCGAACCGAAAGGCCGCGCAAAUGAAGGCCGGCGAGACGGUCAAGCAGUUGGAGCACUCGUGGGUCAACAUGGUCACCAACAACUACAAGUACGCACGCAUCCACUUUUUUCCAGCAGCAAAUUGCGGUUUAUCGAUUUUUUUUUUCCAUUUUCCGAUGGGCAAAGCUCUGACGUAGACGUGGAAGAGUUUAAAGUAGAGACGAGGGUUCGAGAAGCGAUAGGCUUUCAGAAAUUGUUUGCAUUUCAAUAGGGGCAGUGUUGCUAACCAUUUCUACAGAAAUCUAAUCAUUUCCAGUCUGGAGAAAACACGAUUUGUUUCGAAACAUUGAAAAAUUGGUCGAUAAACAGCAAUUUGCUGCUCUCGAGCAGAGUUGAGCGGAAGAACUCAACGGAAGAACACGGAAGAAUUUUUAUCUUUUUUAGAAAAUUUUUUCAUGAAAUGUGAUCGACUGCCGAAAUGUAUGGCAAAGUGAACUCUGCUCAUAGAAAAAUAAUUGUAAAUUUAGCGUUUCAUACAAAAAAGUUAUUCGAGUUGUUCCGUUGGCCCCCUUUUUUCGCGCAACAACUCGAAUAACUUUUUUGUAUGAGCAGCUAAAUUUACAAUUAUUUUUCUAUGAGCACAGUUCACUUUGCUCUACAUUUCGUCAGUUGAUCACAUUUCAUGAAACAAUUUUCUAAAAAAGAUAAAAAUUAUUCCGUGUUCUUCUGUUGAGUUCUUCCGCUCAACUCUGCUCUCGAGGUUGAAACGCAACAACGUCAACGUACAUUUCUGCUCUCACAAAACUGCGUUUUUUCGUCGAAGAAACAAAGUCUGUCUUGUUUGCAGAAUGGAGCUGGCGAACCGUCAAAUGGAGCACGACAACGCGGUGCAAAUCAAAAAGCUGAAGGUGGAUCCGUCGGCGCUCGAGGACAAGCACGACCGCGAAAAUUCGUUCGUCUAA